CUGAUUGUUGCAGAUGAGUAGAUGGCUCUCCCUCUCUCCAGCGCUCCUCUCACACGCUCAUUUUCCCAUAGAUACAAACACAGUGGUUCUCUUUGAACAGAGAGCGAUGCUCGCAGGUGACGUCCCCUCCAGCCGAUGCAGGAAAACGCAUAACGUGCCCGCUGGAUCGCUGCUGUUGACUCUGAGAAGCAUCAGAGGCUGAACUCCUGGAUCUUAUGUAUGUAAACAGAGGCAGAUAAACAGUGGACAGCAUGUCGAAUGAAGAAAAGUGGGUCACUUUGAGUCCAAAUGAAUUCUCUCUUCUUCAAGACUAUGCACAGUACACAACUAAGAAGCUAAAAGAUGUUCUUCAGGAGUUUCAUGGAGAUGGGAUUCUGGCCAAGUAUAAUCCUGAAGAGAAGCCAGAAAUCCUCAGUCAGGAAAUUGACUUUGAGGGUUUUAAGCUCUUCAUGGAGACCUUCCUGGAAAAUGAACUUGCUGAGGAGUUCUGCCAGCAUCUCUUCCUGAGUUUCUGCAACAAAGACCCCAAGCCAAGCCCUUCCAUGACAGAUAAGCAGAGAAUCAUGGGUCUAAAACUUAUAAAGGGAAGCUGCACGCCACCGAAAAUGUCAUCCCUGUCCAAACCUCUCGGCACCAUCCAGCUGAAGGACAUGAUCUGCUACCUCUCUCUCCUGGAGGGCGGACGACCAGAGGACAAACUGGAAUUCAUGUUUCGGCUUUAUGACACAGAUGGGAACGGGUUUUUAGACAGUAAGGAACUGGAGCAUAUUAUUUCUCAGAUGAUGCAUGUUGCGGAGUAUCUGGAGUGGGACGUCACAGAACUGAAGCCGAUUUUGGAGCAGAUGAUGCAGGAGAUUGACUAUGACCAUGACGGGAUGGUUUCUCUUGAAGAGUGGGUCCAGGGUGGCCUGACCACCAUUCCUCUGCUAGUGCUGUUGGGACUUGAAACUAAUGUAAAAGAUGACGGGCAGCAUGUGUGGAGACUAAAGCACUUCAGUAAACCUGCAUACUGUAACCUGUGUUUGAAUAUGUUGAUUGGAUUGGGAAAGCAAGGCCUCUGCUGCUCCUUCUGUAAGUACACCGUUCAUGAGAGAUGUGUGGCUCGAGCCCCCCUGUCCUGCAUCAAAACAUACGUCAAAUCUAAGAAAAACACGGAGAUUAUGCAUCAUUUCUGGGUUGAGGGAAAUUGUCCAAGCAAGUGCGAUAAGUGUCACAAGACAAUCAAGUGUUACCAGGGUCUUACGGGUCUUCACUGUGUCUGGUGCCAGAUUACUCUACACAACAAGUGCGCUUCACACGUCAAACCCGAAUGUGACUGCGGAUCGCUGAGGGAUCACAUACUUCCUCCAAACACAAUAUGCCCUGUUGUACUGGAGAGACAGUCCACUCUGAGAAACGACUCCAGCCAAUCAGGAGGCCGGGGGAAAAUACAAAGGACCAAUUCGGUAUCAGUGGAUGGACAGGGGCUACAGAUUACACCAUUAGAAGAAACCCAUCCUUUGUUGGUUUUCGUCAACCCUAAAAGUGGAGGCAAACAAGGUGAAAGGAUCUUCCGAAAGUUCCAGUACCUCCUGAACCCCCGUCAAGUCUACAACCUGGCCAAGAACGGCCCCAUGCCUGGCUUAAAUUUCUUUCGAGAUGUUCCAGAUUUCAAAGUCCUGGCCUGUGGUGGAGAUGGUACUGUUGGAUGGAUUCUUGAUGUCAUAGACAAAGCCAACUUUGAACAGAAUCCUCCUGUGUGUGUACUUCCUCUCGGCACAGGAAAUGACCUCGCAAGGUGUCUGCGCUGGGGUGGAGGCUACGAUGGAGAAAGUCUUUUGCAGAUUCUCAAGGACAUUGAGAACAGUACUGAAGUGAUGCUGGACAGGUGGAAGAUUGACAUCACCCCUCUAGACAAAGAUGAAAGAGGCGAUCCAGUCCCGUACAGCAUCGUGAACAAUUACUUCUCUAUUGGCGUGGAUGCAUCUAUCGCUCAUCGAUUCCACAUUAUGAGAGAGAAACAUCCAGAAAGGUUUAACAGCAGGACGAAGAAUAAGCUUUGGUACUUCGAGUUUGGAACCUCAGAGACCUUCUCUGCAACUUGCAAGAAGCUGCAUGAUUAUCUUGAGGUGGAGUGUGAUGGUGUCACCCUGAACCUCAACAACAUCUCAUUGGAGGGCAUUGCCAUCCUGAAUAUUCCCAGCAUGCACGGUGGUUCCAACCUAUGGGGAGAGAGUAAGAAACGGAGGGGUCACCGUCGAAUAGGGAAGAAGUCUCCGGAAAAAAAGACCCCAAUUAUUGACCCCAAACAACUUGUUUGUGCUGUCCAAGACCCGUCUGAUCAGCUUUUGGAGGUGGUGGGGCUGGAGGGGGCAAUGGAAAUGGGGCAGAUCUACACGGGUCUGAAGAGCGCAGGCAGACGUCUGGCCCAGUGUUCCUCCAUCAUUAUCAGAACCAGUAAAGCCCUCCCUAUGCAAAUAGAUGGUGAGCCAUGGAUGCAAAGCCCAUGCACUAUUAAAAUCGUGCAUGAGAAUCAGGCCCGAAUGCUGAUGGGUCCUCCUCAAAGCUCUGGCUUCUUCUCCUUCUUUCGACGUGACCGCAGAGAGAGCAAAGACUGACAGCCCACAACACCUGAGAUCAACGCUACACCUGCUAUAGAGUUCAUAUGAAUGGUGAAAACCAAAUGUGAAGAUUCUUGACAGCCACCAGUUUCAGUCUUAGCUGUUCGAUUAAACUGCUACUAUACAGUACAAGCCAAGUACGAGGAGGAAAAGCCGUUUAUUGUUCACAAAUGUUUAAAAAGGUACGUUUCUGAAAAUACUGACUCAACUGGAAUUGGAAUCAUAGAGGUUUGAGGAUAAUAGACACUCAAAAAAUGUCUUUUAGCGUUCUGAGUCUUAGACGUGGACUCAGAUGGACUAAAUGAACCAGAACUAUUUUAUUUUGGGUAUGUUAUUUAGAAAGUGCCAGCAGCUCUGGAUGUCUUGGUGCCAAAUGCGAGAUCAGUCUUAAGUAGCAUGGGUAUAUUUGUAACAAUAGCCAACAAUACAUUGUAUGGGUCAAAAUCAUUAGGAUAUUAAGUAAAGAUCCUGUUCCAUGCAGGUGUUUUGUAAAUUUCCUACUGUAAAUAUAUCAAAGCCCAGUUUUUGAUUAGUAAUACGCAUUGCUAAGAACUUCAUUUGGACAACUGUAAAGGCGAUUUUCUUAAUAUCUUGACCCUUAGAUUUUCAAAUAGUUGUAUCUCGACCAAAUAUUGUCAUAUCCUAACAAACCAUACAUCAACGGCUCAAAAAAAGCUUAUUGAUUCAGCUUUCAGAUGAUGUAUAAAUCUCAGUUUAAAAAAAUUGACGCUUAUGACUAAUUUUGUACUCUAUGGUCAUAAAAAAACAGAAAAACAGAGUACUUUUUAACCUAAAACAUGUAAUGUGUUAGUCUAGUGCAACAGUUUUUAUAUACUUUAGCAUGCUGGGUUUAAAUCCAGAACUUUGUAAAUUAAUUAUUAUAUUAUAUUAUAUUAUAUUAUAUUAUAUUAUAUUAUAUUAUUAUAUUUUAUAUUUAAAAUUGCAUCUGAAACUGACAGCCUGUGUUUUUUCUAUGGCAAAUUUAGAUGUCUGCAUUUUUCUACAUUUAUCAUGCAACUUAAAGGAUUAGUUCCUUUCCAGAAUAAAAAAAUUCUGAUAAUUUACUCACCUCCAUGUUAUCCAAGAUAUCUUGAUGAUUUCUUCAGUUGAAAAGAAAGUAAGGAUUUUGAGGAAAACAUUCCAGGGUUUUUCUCCGUAUAGUGGACUU